GGUGGGAUCUCCCCCAGCCAGCUGGACAGAGAGAGGGCUUCCCCUGCCGGAGCAGCCGAACAACAUCAGCAGUGGGCCUUGGCUGGAGAGGUGAGGGGCUGCAGGAGGGCAGCCAGCAAAGGGCCACGGGGCAAGGGCUGGGGGGCUCAGACCCCUUGAUCAGAAGACCUGUCCUGAGGCUCCGGCAGCCUCCCUCGGGACGAUGUCCUGCCCAGAGAGGACCCAUUCAGCCUGGCCCGAUCCUGGGGCUGGGAGCUGGGGUAGGGAAGAGCCCCUCCCUCACCCCAAGCUGAGGGGCUGGGGCACUUCCCUGCCCGUCUCUUGGGAGGGCCCAGUCUGAUCUGUGUGGUGGGCCGCCUGCCGGUGUGUGACCCUCCCAGCCAGCUUGGCAUGGGUGUGGGCACCACUCAGCGCUAAAGGCUACAAUCUGGGCACGGGAGGGGAGGUUUGGUAACACCAAAGCAAGAAUUUCUGGGCCUGUGUGUUUGUAUCUGCAUCAUGGUGUGUGACUGUGAAUGGAACAGGACUGUGAGAAAACUUGAGUGGAUAUGUAAAUAUCUGAUGGGUCAUCAUGUGUUUGUGAAAGUCUGAGUGAAUAUAUGUACUUGUAUAAAAAAGUGUGUGUGAAUGUGUGAGCCUGCGAAUUAGAAAUGUCUGUGAAAGUAUGUAUGUCAAUGUGUAUACUUGGAAGAAAAUGUGUGUGGAUAUGCAUGGAGCAGACAUGGGUUUGUGUGACAAUGUGUAUCUGUAUGUCUGAUUGCAUGUCAGUGAGAGUUAGGAAAUGUGCAAGGUGCUUAAAAGCACAGACUCAGAAGCUAGACUGCCUGGGUUUGAAUCCUGGCUCCAUUAUUUACCAAAUAACAACUUCUGUGCCUCACUUUCGUCACCUAUAAAAAGGGGCUAAUAAUAGCAUCAACUCAGGGUUGUUGUGAGGAUUAAAUGAAAUAAGAUGUGUAAAGUACUUGGCCUGUCAUUCAGUAAGUGCCAAGUAAGCAUUAGCUGUUUCUGUAUAAUAAGGUGUGUGUGUGCUUGUACAGAUGUGUGUACACAAGGCUUUGUCCAGGUCUCCAGGACAUGGUGCUUACUGGCCAGCCCUGCUGUCCUGUGUCUCGCUCUGAUGCCUUCUCCCCUGCAGGCCCAGGUGGGUGGCAGAGCAAAGGAGGAAUGGACUGUGGGCCACCUCCCACCCUCCAGUCCCAUCUGGCUGGGCCACCUGGCACUGCCCACCGCCCAGUAGCUGUGUGCCAGCAGGAGAGUCUGUCCUUUGUGGAGUUGCCCACCCUGCAGCCCCCAAGCCCUGUGUGUCUGGAUCUCUUCCCCGUCGCUCCAGAGGAGCUGCAGGCACCUGGCAGCCGCUGGUCUCUGGGGACCCCUGCUCCUCUCCAAGGGCUGCUAUGGCCACCAUCCCCAGGAGGCCCAGACACCGAGACCUCUACCAGUGGGGGAAUGCGGCCCAGCAGGGCUGGCAGCUGGCCACACUGUCCUAGUGCCCAGUCCCCAGCUCUGGAGGGACCCUGGAGUCCCCAGCACCUACAGCCACAGCGCCGAGCCAGCCAUGGCUCGGAGAAGAAGUCAGCCUGGCGCAAGAUGCGGGUGUACCAGCAAGAAGAGGCCCUUGGCAGCCCUGAGGCCCAUGCUGUCUUCCUGGAGCCAAGCCAGGCGACAGAACAGGCCCCGAGCACAGGGGAGCCUAGGCCGCUGGAGCUGCCUGGGCCCACCCGAGUGGGCCUCGAGGGGCCUGAGCGGAGGCGCUUCUCAGCCUCUGAGCUGAUGACCCGGUUGCACUCUUCCCUGCGCCUGGGACGGAAUUCAGCAGCCAGGGCACUGACCCCAGGGUCAGGCCCUGGAGCUGCCCGGGAAGGGAAAGCGUCUGGAAGAGAGUCGCGCAGUGUAGAGAUGCGGGUGGACGCCAUGGCGAUGCCGGCUCUUGUUGACCUGAGCGGGGGCCAUGGCAGCUGGCCCGAGCCCAGGCUAGAUGCGCAGGAAGAGCCGGCUCCGGGUUCCAGGAGCGCCAGCGAGCGUCGCCGGUCACGGUUCCUCCUUAACUCGGUCCUCUACCAGGAAUAUAGCGACGUGGCCAGCGCCCGCGAACUGCGGCGGCAGCAGCGCGAGGAGGAGGGCCCGGGGGACGAGGCCGAGGGCGCGGAGGAGGGGCCCGGGCCGCCGCGCGCCAACCUCUCCCCGAGCAGCUCCUUCCGGGCGCAGCGCUCGGCGCGAGGCUCCACCUUCUCGCUGUGGCAAGACAUCCCCGACGUGCGCGGCAGCGGCGUCCUGGCUACGCUGAGCCUGCGCGACUGUAAACUGCAGGAGGCCAAAUUUGAGCUGAUUACGUCCGAGGCCUCAUACAUCCACAGCCUGUCGGUGGCCGUAGGCCACUUCUUAGGCUCGGCCGAGCUGAGUGAGUGUCUGGGGGUGCAGGACAAGCAGUGGCUGUUCUCCAAACUGCCUGAGGUCAAGAGCACCAGCGAGAGGUUCCUACAGGACCUGGAGCAGCGGUUGGAGGCCGAUGUCCUGCGCUUCAGCGUGUGCGAUGUUGUGUUGCACCACUGUCCGGCCUUCCGCCGCGUCUACCUGCCCUAUGUCACCAACCAGGCCUAUCAGGAGCGCACCUACCAGCGCCUGCUCCUGGAGAACCCCAAGUUCCCCAGCAUCCUGGCUCGCCUGGAGGAGUCUCCCGUGUGCCAGCGUCUGCCCCUCACCUCCUUCCUCAUCCUGCCGUUUCAGAGGAUCACCCGCCUCAAGAUGCUGGUGGAGAACAUCCUGAAGCGGACAGCACAGGGUUCAGAAGACGAAGACAUGGCCACCAAGGCCUUCAAUGCACUCAAGGAGCUGGUGCAAGAGUGCAAUGCCAGUGUGCAGUCCAUGAAGAGGACAGAGGAGCUCAUCCACCUGAGCAAGAAGAUCCACUUUGAGGGCAAGAUCUUCCCGCUGAUCUCUCAGGCCCGCUGGCUGGUUCGGCACGGGGAGCUGGUGGAGCUGGCACCACUGCCCGCAGCACCCCCUGCCAAGCUGAAGCUGUCCAGCAAGGCGGUCUACCUGCACCUCUUCAAUGACUGCCUGCUGCUCUCCCGGAGGAAAGAGCUGGGGAAGUUCGCUGUCUUUGUCCACGCCAAGAUGGCUGAGCUGCAGGUGAAGGACCUGAGCCUGAAGCUCCAGGGCAUCCCUGGCCACGUGUUCCUCCUUCAACUCCUCCAUGGGCAGCACACGAAGCACCAGUUCCUACUGAGGGCCCGGACAGAAAGUGAGAAGCAGCGAUGGAUCUCAGCCAUGUGCCCCUCUAGCCCCCAGGAGGACAAGGAGGCCAUCAGCGAGGGGGAAGACCGCCCCCAGGUUCAGUGUGUCAGGACAUACAAGGCACUGCAGCCAGACGAGCUGACCUUGGAGAAGACUGACAUCCUGGCAGUGAGGACCCGGACCAGUGAUGGCUGGCUGGAGGGGGUCCGCCUGGCAGAUGGUGAGAAAGGGUGGGUGCCCCAGGCCUACGUGGAAGAGAUCAGCAGCCUCAGUGCCCGCCUCCGAAACCUCCGGGAAAAUAAGCGGAUCACAAGUGCCACCAGCAAACUGGGGGAGCCCCCCGUGUGAUGGGCAGCCAUGGCCUGGGACACCUGCUCCACGCCCGGCUCCUGGACAGGUCUGGAGGGGGCCUGCAGUGUCUCCAUGCCCCAAGCUGCUGUCGCUGGGACUUCUGUUCCGAGGCCUGGCAUUGAGAGUACAGGCUGGACACAGGAAGGGGUCUCCCCUGUCCUCAUGUUCCUCAGUGUCCACAAUUCAGGGACGAGGGUAGUUUCUUCCUCUGGCUUGGAGGCCACAACUUGUGACCUCUGAUAUCUGGCAAGGACUGGGGCCCUCUCCCUUUCCUGCCCUUGACACUGCCUGACUCUUGGUCCCUCUGGCAGGGACCUGGCUGGCAAUGGCUCUGGUGCUGAUGGGUGCUGGGACCUGUACAUGUAUAUGUAUCUGGAGUCUUCUGGCCUGAGCCUGUGUGGGCCCUGGUUGCUGUGACCUGUCUGUA